CUCUUCUCUUCUCUCUCAUUUCAUCUUUGAAUCCUGAACCUGAGACCUGAGAUGCACUCCAAGCAAUUCCUUUUCUCCGGACCAUCUCUUAUCAUCUUACCAAUAGCCAAUCCAUUUAUACGACUACGACGUCGUUUUACUUCACUUCACAACCCCAUAACGACCACGACCACUACCCUUCUCCGCCACUCUUCCCAUCCACCCACAUUCGAUGGUUCAUCACCUCAUAAUCCGGCGAACCUGAAUCCAUACAUUCCGAUCACACAAUGCAUAUCACUGUUACAGCUCUGUGCUUCUUCCAACCUCAAAUUGAUGCAAAUCCACGCCUUUUCAGUCAGACAUGGUGUUCUGUUUUCCGACCCGGAUUUGGGGAAACACCUGGUAUUCGCCAUUGUAUCUGUCUCGGCUCCAAUGUCGUAUGCUCAUAACGUUUUUUCGCGAAUUGAUAGCCCUAACAUAUUUACGUGGAACACCAUGAUUAGAGGGUAUGGUGAGAGUGAGAAUCCUAGGCCAGCUAUUGAGCUUUAUCGUCAUAUGCGUGUUUUUUCUUGUGUUAAACCUGAUACUCACAGUUACCCCUUUCUUCUGAAGGCUGCAGCGAAGUUAGCGGUUGUUUGGGAAGGUGAAAUGAUUCAUUCUUUAGUUUUGAGAAAUGGGUUUGAGUCUUUGAUCUUUGUUCAGAACGGUUUGCUUCAUAUGUAUGGUUGUUAUGGGUGUGUUGAGAGUGUACACAAAGUGUUUGUAUUAAUGUCUCAAAGAGAUCUUGUUGCGUGGAAUACUGUAAUUAAUGGGUUUGCUUUGAAUGGAAGACUUAAUGAGGCUCUUGUUCUUUUCAGGGACAUGGGUUUUGAGGGUGUUGAGCCUGAUGGUUUUACAAUGGUCAGUUUGUUAUCUGUUUGUGGUGAGCUUGGGGCUUUGGCUUUGGGUAGGAGGGCUCAUGUGUAUAUGUUGAAAGUUGGCUUAUUGAGUUCGAACUUGCACUCUAAUAAUGCAAUUCUGGAUUUUUAUGCUAAGUGUGGGAGCAUUAGAGAUGCCCAAAAAAUGUUUACUGAAAUGAAGGAAAGAAGUGUGGUUUCUUGGACUUCUUUAAUUGUAGGUUUAGCUAUUAAUGGGUUUGGCAAAGAUGCUCUUGAGCUUUUUAGAAAAUUAGAAAGGGAGGGAUUGGUCCCUACUGAGAUAACUUUUGUGGGAGUAUUGUAUGCCUGUAGCCACUGCGGAAUGGUUAAAGAAGGGUUCACUUACUUUAGAAAGAUGCAAGAGAAGUAUGGGAUUGUGCCCAGAAUAGAACAUUAUGGUUGCAUGAUUGAUUUGUUGGGCAGAGCAGGUCUUGUUAAGGAAGCAUAUGAGUACAUACUAAACAUGCCAUUAAAGCCCAAUGCUGUCAUUUGGAGGACCUUACUAGGAGCAUGUACAAUACAAGGAAAUUUGGCUCUUGGAGAGUUAGCAAGAAGUCAUCUCCAAAAACUAGAGCCUGGACAUAGUGGGGAUUAUGUUCUUCUCUCUAAUCUUUAUGCUUCCGAGAAUCGUUGGUCAGAUGUCCAGGAGGUGAGAAAGGCAAUGCUUAGCCAGGGUGUGAUGAAGACACCAGGUUACAGCCUUGUUGAGUUGAGAAAUCGUGUUUAUGAGUUUGUUAUGGGUGAUAGAUCUCAUCCGUUUAGUGAGGAGACAUAUGCUAAGUUAGCAGAGAUUACAAGUUUGUUGAGGUUGGAAGGUUAUGUGCCUCAUACAGCAAAUGUGCUUGCAGACAUAGAAGAGGAGGAAAAAGAGAAUGCUUUGUCCUAUCACAGUGAGAAAAUUGCAGUUGCUUUUAUGCUUGUUAAUACUGGUCCAGGGAUUCCAAUUCGGAUUUUGAAGAAUUUGAGAAUCUGUGUUGAUUGUCAUGUUGCUUUUAAGCUCAUAUCCAAGAUUUAUGAUAGGGAGAUUGUUGUGAGGGAUUGUACUCGUUUUCAUCAUUUUGGAAAUGGGUCUUGUUCUUGUAGUGAUUAUUGGUAGCAUGUUUGGCUCUCUAAUAGAAAACGAAAGGUACAAUAAUUGAGUACCAAGACAUUAACCUCUGGCCUUGUCACACUAAAAAAAACACUCUAAAAGUUAGAACAGGCUGUUGAGAAUGUGGACAACAAUGAGAAGAACAAGGAAUUUUGAUUCAUAUAUAGAAAAGUGGUGGAUAGGUGCUCAUUACAAUUCCAAUUCAAAUUUCAUGGUUGGUUGUUUUGGUCACACCUCCUUGUUGGAUAUAGAAGUGUGCAAUAUUAAGCUUCCAAGGACUAAACUCACCCCUAUUUUCAGCCUCUUGAUUAAUAUUAGUGCUUACAACUUUUCUACUAUCUGGAGACUCUAGAUGGCAGAAGUAAACCCAUUUCGAUUGAUGGCGAUCCACUGGGCCUCUAAGCCAACCAAAGUGGGGACAUUUGAAAGAUCUGCAUAAGGUUAUAAAACAAGUUGAAGGAGCAUUGCCGGGCAUUGGCGCAGCGAUUAGAGCUCUUGGUAAACUUAGAGCUCGUGAAGUGAAACGCUUGGAUUCCUCUGUUUAUGCACAAUUUGGAGAAGUAUUAAAUAUGAAUUGUCAACAACUCAUGUGUACAAGGCAUAUGAUUGGAUGGCUAACAUGAAGGGGAAGUCUAUGGGCAAUAAUAUCAGAUUCGCUCUUGCAAACUUCAGUUCAAAUCGUUGGCUUUCCAUAAGAUUGGAAACAUUAGGAGGUAUCCUGAUCUGGUUGACAGCAAACUUUGUUGUUCUGCAGAUUGGGAGAGGAGAAAAUCAAGUAGAAUAUGCAUAAAUAAUGGGUCUACUUCUCAGUUACAGUCUAAAUAUCACCAAUCUUCUCAGUGGCGCAUGAAGGCGAGCAAGUAGAGCUGAAAAUAGUUUAAAUACUGUGGAGCGUGUUAGCGUGUUGGCACAGCAUUUAAAUCUUGCCAGAGAAACUGUUGCCAAACGAAGAAAGUGCAUUCUCUAGAAUGGUGCAAAGUAAAGGACCUGCCAAUGCUGACCACUUACGUAGCUUUGAAUUAGGAGGAAACAGAACAUGACCCGAAUUUAGCACAAACAGUCGAUCAACCAGAGGUGACUAACCUCGCCCCAAUGGAGUGCUGCUGCUCAGUACUCCUGUUUCUCUUUCUGCUUCACAAAUUGAUGUUCAACAAUCUGAUAUUGAAGAUGAGAGCAAUAUCCUCUUGAAAACAAAGGAUGCAGUCGUAACACUGGAGGGAUUUCUGGAGGGGAAGUAUGACCGAGAUAGAGAUGAAACACUACACAGUUCGAGGUACCAAGAGAUAAUGGGUGGACAACUCUUCACAGAAUAGUUGGAGGUCUUGCUGUGAUGAUCAGGCCUUCAGCAGUUUGAAAAUGAUUUUGGAGACACAUCCUUAGAUUGGGACCAAACUAAAUAUAGGAUCCACACUGAAGCCCCAAGGGGAAGUAGUUAGUCGUCAUUUGGAGGAUCAUAAGUAAUCAACCCAUUAAGGGAAGCUGCCAAAGUGUCCAAAGUCAGCCUUCUCUCUCACAUAGUCAAGGGCCAUGAGCCAUCUACCUGUGAAACUGAACCUCCGUCUCCAAACAAGCUACCUCCAAACGGUUCUCAAGGAAUCCAUCUCAGCUCGAACCUUCUCAAGGUCAGCAAGAGCAGCUCUCAAUCGGUCAGCAUCACCAUCAUGGGAAGCUAGUUGUUCCUUCAAUUCACCAACAAUUCUAGUAAGCUCAUUGGACACAUUCAACUGUUUGAUAUCAGAACGAAGUGAAUCUCAGUCACCCCUCCCCGGUUUCAACGCAUCUUGCAUGCCGUGCAUCUUUAUCCAAAUUGAAUCUUGCAAACACUACAAAACAUAAAAGGCAAAAGAGUAAGAAUAAAUCGUAACAUUCAAGUGACACUAGUUAGCCAGACACUAUGCCUUGAAAAAGAUGGGACUGAUGUUCCUCCAGUACUUUGUCUACUCUCAUUUUGUCCAACCAUUCUUCAUCUUCAAAAUCAUUAUCUGGAUGAAGACUUGUUCCCCCUUAUCUGAGAUAUGCAAGCUGACAAAAUCGAAUAUAUCGAAUUCCUUUUUGAAGUGAAGUUAGAUCAUUAAUAUUUUUUUGAGGAUUAGACCUUAGCAGUAAGAACAUAGGCCUAAUGAUUGGAAUAGGCCCAACAACGUCGAGUUCCCUUCUAACAAAUUGGUUGCUAGCUCUAGGCCUUUCUCUUAUUGUCAGAACAAGGAACACAUACUAGGAAAGAGCAAAGAGCUACAAUGAUUUCUCUUAUAGCCCAUAUUGCUCGUUGACAUCACCUAAAGCAAAGAGCUACAACGAAAACAUUGAAGGAACACAUACUAGGAAGACCAACUUUGUAAAUGGACUCCAUAUUGGAAGUAGUAACAUGCUUAUAAGUUAUAAGCAAGCCAGAUAUGUUGACAUACAAGGCCUCCCUAUGACACAAGUAGUCUAAUUGGUUAUGAAAGUGUAACUAGUAGAUUUUAAUGAUUCAAGUUACCAAGUUGUACAUCUUUAGAUUGAUCGAUAUCAAGAUAUGAGUUAUGAACAA